AUUGACCCCACAACCAACUUCUCCCACGUCUUCUCCUCCACAUCGACCAUGAGUCCCCGUAUAUGCUCGUGCGCUCUCUGUGGGUGGGUCGUUGUCGAUGCACCAGGCAGCGUUUCUUGGUUGAAUCAGUUCCGCGGAGUCACUUCCAGUCCAACCGGUGUUAUUCUUACCGGUGUUGGCUUAUACAAUGAUCCGGGAAGGGGCGCAUUCAUCGCCCCAGUCGACAGCAACGGUCGAUGGGAUGACCCAACCUAUGACAAUCCAGAUGAAGACCAAUUUGGGGCUGUGGGCUUUCCUCCAGUCAACGGAAGAUACGGCUUUAUUUUCCAUGACGCAUGCUGGGACCUCUUGGAGAAGGCCUUCCAUCAAAGCCUAGUCCCCUUAUCGAGAUUAUUCGACGUCUGCGAAUCACUCCCAUUUCCGCUACUGUCAGUAAGCAUCAGCUGGGGCCACAACUAUGGAGGGGCUAGUAUCGUCGAUAAUGAACACCACUUUCCGUUCGAGGACAGAUUUUCCGACCGAGACUACAUGGACCCCGAUCCCGUUCUCAUCGCCAACCCAUGCGACGCUGAGGAGGCUCACCACCUGCUCAUCGAGGACCCUGAACAGCCGCCAAAUCUAGAAGGGCCUAGUUUCAAUGCAACAUCGCCGGAACGAGACAGCUUCCAGGCGCUGCCAGAAGAGCUACGGUCGGCAAUCGCCAUUUGCCUGCCGACCUUGGAUGUAUUGAACCUACGACUAGCCUCACGUUCGUUCUGGACGACUUUCAGCAAUCAACAGUUCUGGGCCUCGAGAUUCAAAUACAAUUCAGACCGCUCAUGGCUUUUUGAAUCCCAGGACGGGGCUCAGCCUCGGGACUGGAGAUGGCUGUACCAUCGAACGAAUAAUGUGCGCAUAGGUCCUAGCCUCCAGAACAGGGUUCGCAUUUGGAAUCUGGCCCAGAAAAUUGUGGCGGCUCUAGAUUUCCAAUGGAUCGACAGUGGUUCAGAACCUUCCCAGAAGCAAGACGCGGCACAGUGUUUAAAAGUGUCUGGCGAUUUGUGGGAGAAACCGAGUGGACCUCACCACUCCCGCUUGGAAAAGGGUUGUCUUCUCCGUCAAACGUACCACCUGACGAUCCCUGACAAGUUAUCGCGGCUUUCUAUCUGGUCUGUUCCUAUAGGAGACAUACAGUACAUCGCUGGACUAAAGUUUACCACAACACCGGGCGAUGCAUUUCAAAUAGGCUACCAAACUACAUUCGAGCAGUCCGUGGAAAUCACAGACAUAUACGGCUUCAAAUUAGCUGUGGGAGAAAGGGGGGUUCAAGCUUUGCAGUGCGUCAAUCAGAAUUCCGAGACCUCCCACUGGAUCGGCAAUCCGGAGAUGUCUCUCAAGACGCUGCGCUUCAACGCAGGCGAGCGCAUCAACAGUCUUGAUAUUGGGUUUGAUGGUUGCAAAAUUGUAAGCUUGGCUAUCUCUCCACAGUCUCCAUCUCUCGUAAGACUAGAACAGGAUGAGAAGAGAUUGAGAAAUUUGGGGAUGUGGUACCCUGAGAUCCCGGGACCAAACCUCUGCUUGAACGAAGCUUCUUUCCCUCCUAGAGAACAUUAUCUAGACGGAUUUAAACCGCUAUUCUGGACCUCCUUCGGUGGCCCAGGCGGUAUCCAUCUUCGAAGACUUAUCAAUCUUAAAGUCAUCCUCGGCGCCGCUGGCAUACGCCGUAUCGACUUCACGUACGAUACCCCGGCACUAGACCGAGCGUUUGGUUGCCAAAUGCCUGGAGAGUGGACAAAGGAAAUAGAGUUCACGAUUGACGGGCCAGGAGGCGAGUUCAUCAAUGCGAUCGAGAUUCUUCAGGAGGAUGUUGACCCUGACGAUGCCUAUACAUGGAUGGUCGAAGAAGGGUUCAUAGCUGCAUUCAAGGUUAGUCGCCCACGUUCACUUGCCCGUCGCCCAAUGUCUUCCGGGAGACUUACGAUAAACAAAUUACGUGGAGGUGUCCACGAACCGAGCUAGAUCCUGCUUCUUCUCCUUUCACACCGACCCGCCGAGCAGUGCUUCUUAUCUAGUCACUGCAGCUCCUGGAGAGGUCAUCACCGGGUUUUACGGAAGUCAACGUUCUCAUGAGGGUAGUAGUAUUUCGGCUCUAGGUGUCAUCUCGGAAGCUAUUGAAGGAAGUUAGGGUUUGAGUAUAUCACAGGACAAGGUAGAAUCUAUCAAUUGGACGCGAGGCCGAGGAUGACUAGAAUUACGUUAUCGUCUAAGUGUUGAAGUCAUGACAUUUAAUUCGCUACUUCAGCCUCUUUUCCUCUAGGGAAAGUCUGAUUAACCUCCC